AUGGCUUCUUUUGAAAUCAACGCAGACAUGAUAACUGAGAUUCUUUCUCAUUCUCAUGUUUCAGUGGUUGAGAAAUCUAGACUCUUGAACAAAGAGUUCAACGAGAGAACUCAUAGCUCUUCUUUUCUCAAACUCAAACUCCAAAACACCAAUUCUGUCUCCGGUUACUUUCUGGAGUACAACAGACGCUUAAAAGCUCACUCCACUUUUAUCAGAAACCAAAAAAACAUUCCUCACAAAUCCGAGAUCUGUCUCGAUUUUCUACCACGAGGGAGGAAGAGUAAACAUCAAAGCUUGCGACGCAAGUCACGGGAUUCUGUUGUGUGUCAAUGA